CUUCGCCCGCGAUGGGAAGAGAUCUCAACAAUGGCAGCCCCUAGAGGGAGGUCAAAGAAAAGAGCAGCGUUUGAUCUAACUCCAGAUAGCCUUCCUUUGAGGAGCUCCGGUAGGCAGGCAAAGAAGAAAGUAACAGAGACUGUGGACGAGGAUGAAGAUGGUGUGUCUGAGAAGAAAUACCGGAAAUGUGAAAAGGCGGGCUGUACAGCAGCGUGUCCUGUGUGCUUCGCAAGUGCUUCAGAAAGAUGUGCCAAAAAUGGCUACACAUCCCGGUGGUAUCACCUCUCCUGUGGGGAACAUUUCUGCAACGAAUGUUUUGAUCAUUACUACAGAAGCCAUAAAGAUGGAUACGACAAAUAUGUUACAUGGAAAAAGAUUUGGACCAGCAAUGGCAAAACAGAACCCAGCCCCAAAGCUUUUAUGGCUGACCAGCAGCUCCCUUACUGGGUGCAGUGCACAAAGCCCGAGUGUCGGAAAUGGAGGCAGCUUACCAAGGAGAUCCAGCUGACUCCACGCAUAGCGAAGACUUACCGCUGUGGCAUGAAACCAAACACUAUGAAGCCUGAGAACUCAGAUCAUUGUUCCCUGCCCGAGGAUCUGAGAGUGUCAGAGGUUUCCAACCAUUGGUGGUACUCCAUGCUCAUCCUGCCUCCUUUGCUGAAAGACAGUGUGGCAGCGCCUCUGCUCUCUGCCUACUACCCGGACUGCGUGGGCAUGAGUCCCUCCUGUACCAGCACAAACCGCGCUGCAGCCACUGCCACCGCCACCACUGCCACCACCGGCGAUGCCAGCCCCAGGCGCCUGGAGCCCUCCAAGGCAACCCCUUCUGUGCUUGUUCCAGGCAUGAACUGGUAUUUCCAGCCUUUUUACCAGCCCAAUGAGUGUGGCAAAGCCCUGUGCGUGCGGCCCGAUGUGAUGGAACUGGAUGAGCUCUAUGAGUUUCCUGAGUACUCCCGGGACCCCACCAUGUACCUGGCUCUGAGAAACCUCAUCCUCGCCCUGUGGUACACAAACUGCAAGGAAGCUCUCACUCCUCAGAAGUGCAUUCCUCACAUCAUCGUCCGGGGUCUCGUGCGUAUUCGGUGUGUUCAGGAAGUGGAGAGGAUACUCUAUUUUAUGACAAGGAAAGGUCUCAUCAACACAGGAGUUCUUACCGUGGGAGCCGACCAGUACCUUCUUCCUAAAGACUAUCACAAUAAAUCAGUCAUCGUUGUUGGGGCUGGUCCAGCAGGGCUAGCCGCUGCUAGACAACUGCAUAACUUUGGAAUUAAGGUGACUAUCCUGGAAGCCAAAGAUAGAAUUGGAGGCCGAGUGUGGGAUGAUAAAUCUUUCAAGGGCGUUACGGUGGGAAGAGGACCGCAGAUUGUCAAUGGCUGUAUCAAUAACCCAGUAGCAUUAAUGUGUGAGCAACUUGGCAUCAGCAUGCAUAAAUUUGGAGAAAGAUGUGACUUAAUUCAGGAAGGUGGAAGAAUAACAGACCCCACCAUUGACAAGCGCAUGGAUUUUCAUUUUAAUGCUCUCUUGGAUGUUGUCUCUGAGUGGAGGAAGGACAAGACUCAGCUCCAGGACGUCCCUUUAGGAGAAAAGAUAGAGGAGAUCUACAGAGCUUUCAUUAAGGAAUCUGGCGUCCAGUUCAGCGAGCUGGAAGGGCAGGUGCUCCAGUUCCAUCUCAGUAACCUGGAAUACGCCUGCGGCAGCAACCUCCACCAGGUGUCUGCUCGCUCCUGGGAUCACAAUGAAUUCUUCGCCCAGUUUGCUGGUGACCACACUCUCCUGACUCCUGGGUACUAUGUCAUCAUUGAGAAGCUGGCUGAAGGGCUGGACAUUCGGCUCCAGGCUCCGGUCCAGAGCAUUAAUUACACUGGAGAUGAAGUGCAGGUCACCACGACAGAUGGCACGGGCUAUUCUGCACAAAAGGUAUUAGUCACUGUUCCACUGGCCAUACUUCAGAAAGGUGCCAUUCAGUUUAAUCCACCACUGUCAGAGAAAAAGAUGAAAGCUAUCAACAGCUUGGGCGCUGGCAUCAUUGAGAAGAUUGCCUUGCAGUUUCCUUACAGAUUUUGGGACAGUAAAGUUCAAGGGGCUGACUUUUUUGGUCACGUUCCUCCCAGUGCCAGCCAGCGGGGGCUGUUCGCUGUGUACUAUGACAUGGAUCCUCAGAAGCAACAGAGCGUGUUGAUGUCGGUGAUCGCUGGGGAGGCAGUGGCAUCAGUUCAGACCCUGGAUGACAAGCAGGUGCUGCAGCUGUGCAUGGCCACCCUGCGGGAGCUGUUCAAGGAACAGGAAGUCCCAGAUCCCACAAAGUACUUUGUCACUCGAUGGAGCACAGAACCAUGGAUCCAGAUGGCAUACAGUUUUGUGAAGACGUUUGGGAGUGGAGAGGCCUAUGAUAUUAUUGCGGAGGAAAUACAAGGAACUGUCUUUUUUGCUGGCGAGGCAACGAACAGGCAUUUCCCACAAACUGUUACAGGGGCUUAUUUGAGUGGUGUUCGAGAAGCAAGCAAGAUUGCAGCCUUCUGAGUAGAAUUUGUCUUGAUCCAGCUUUGUCCUGUGCCCCAAAUGGGAAAGUCUGAAACAGGUUAAACCUCAAUGUGCGUGUGUGUGUGUGUGUGUGUGUGUGUGUGGCUGUGUACACACCCGCUCAGGAUAGCAAAUCUAAAAUGUUCUAGAGUGUUGAAAAUGUAAAUGCAAUUUACCACUCGGAAAGCACUGCCCCUAAAGUCCUUACAAACAAGCACUUAUGUUUAUAAUUGCAUUUUCCACAGGUCCAGGUAGCUAGUGCUAAAGUCCUCUGGAUUUCACAAUAUGGCAGAAUAUAACCUUAAAUUGAGUAAGAUUAGCUUCUUCCAUGGUUGGAGGUUCCCUUAAGAUUUGAUAAUUUGUUGAGCUGAUGAAUUUUCAUACAUCACAAAACCAAGAAAACCAAGCAGAAAUCAUUAACUAGAUAAAGCCAUGUGUUCUGUGAAAACUUACCAUUAUCUUUACCAAUGAGCCUUAAUAUUUUAUAUAGCUCCAGUAUUAAAUCUGUACUUACAAUUUAGAUACAACUUUUUUUGAUACACAAUCUCUGAAGGCAAAAUGAAGUUUCUAGAAGACUUUUAUAUUGUACAUAUUUCUUUCCCAUUGGAUAUUUACAAACAAGCUAAAUUCAGGUAUUUCCUGUGAUGUCUUAUAUUUACACAUCCAUUGGCAGAACAGCAAACUCUCAACCCCUAAACAGCAUGGGGACCAUACAGUUGAGAACAGGUUGCCAAGUGUGGUCUGUAUACUGUAAGCAUACAGCUUUUUCUUGAAGCCAAAUUUGAGUGGAUAGUGAAGUUUUAGUAUCUUAAAUUUUGGCAGCCACUAGCAAAGAUCUUGUCAGAAUAAAAACUCAGUUUUAAAAACUGAUUCAAUCUCUGGGAAUAUUUUUUGCAUAAUUAUGUUUUGUUUUCCAUAGGCAGGUCCACUGGAAAACAAGUCUUAGUAAAUACAUUUUAUAAACCAUUAUCUUACGAACCUGACAUGGCCAGAUCUGCUUUUCAUUUUUUCACUUUUGACAAAAUAUUGUUCAAUACAUAGAUUGCAAGGUCUUCAGGAUGCCUAUUUUGCCAAGAAACUUCAAUUUACAGAUUAGAAACGUGCUUUUGUUUUAAAAAGUCUUUGAACAACUCUGAAUUAUAUUGGUCUGUUUUAAUAAAGGGGUUAAAAAUUACUUCAAAGCCACUUUUCAAAGUAUUUGGUAUUUUUGAAAUUUAAAAUAAAUCAGCUUGUAAGUAAAUAAUCUUAUGCAAAGAAUGUACAGUAAACUUUAUAGUUUAGACACUUCCCCCACCCAAGUAUGCCACAGAAGAAAGCCAAUAGCUGUACAUUUCAAAGUAAAGAGAGGGAAGUUGUGAUAUUUAGGUUGAGACUCAUUGGUACUGAUUAGGAAGUAUUCUCCUUAAGUGUUACGUGAUAAGUUGUUUGAUAGCAUGUGGUAAGGGACAAGUGCAAAGUAUGCUGACAUGUGUCUUCAGGUUCUUUGUCCGGGCACUUAAAACUUGCACCAUGCUACCUACAAGCAGGGAAAAACCUACUUAAAGCAUGGUACAUGUACUUAAAAACUUGUUUCUCAAGUGAUGUAAUUUAUUUACAUUUUGUUAAGAACAAUGGUAAUUUUGAGUUUUCAAUGUUACUUGAAGAUUCUGUAAUUGAGCAGCAGUGAAUACACACAUUUACAGUGACUUCACUUCAGAUCAUGAGUAGCUGGUCAUGCAAAACUGCUUAAUAAAAACUAGACUUGUUUUUCAGA